GAGCCAAGACCUAGUUUACCUUGCUUCGAACCCAUAUCACAGCAACACCCAAGCGAUUUCCAAGCAGAGCCUUUCGAAGUUUCUCCGACGGCAUGGCUUUAACGGGGCACUUCCCGCAGGCUCGCAGUUUCUUGCCCAUCAAUGCGAAUGUGGCAGCACUGUUCUCACGUCGUCGCUAAGUUUUCUCAAUGGACGAAAGCAGGAAGAUUACAAAUGCUCCACGUGCCAAGACCGGCUGUUGGACUUGCAAAGACCGCAAAGUCGCUUGCGACCGACAGAUCCCUUUCUGCGCCGUCUGCAGCAAAUCAAAGCGGCCAUGCGGUGGCUACGGCAUGCGGCUGUCCUGGCCUCGAGAAAAAGACGCGAAGAGAGCGGUGGUGUAUCAGCCCGCUUUGCCUUCCGGCUUCUGCAAAAGACCUCCUGUUGGACACGUUCAUUACAUCAACGCGUCCAUGCGGGAUGUCAGCUUGUAUGAAGCAGCCUCCCUUGCACCUCACGUUUUGGGACGGCAGAUAAGGGAGAGGGUACGACUAUGCUUGCCGCAUCCAGCGAAGCCAUGGAAGGCGUCGCUUGAGGAACCGUCCGAACAUGACUUGCUUGAGUUUUUCAAGUCGUCCGCUGUGAAUGUUCUUGCCAUGCUCGAUUCGGAUCGCGAGCAGAUUUGCCGGAUCCUUAUGCAGAUGGCGCUCUCGGACAACACUUACGCAUCCAGAGCGGUCCUUAAUUCGAUAUUGGCCGUUGCCGCGCUCCUGAAAGAUGGGCAGAAAGCGCACACGGCUCAGUAUAAACGCGCCGCGCUUGAUGCACUUUUGAUCUCUGCAGGGACGAAUGAGUUCUCCACCCUGCAGGGCAGCAUCAAGCACGUCGCCGCCGGCAUCUUGCUUUGCACGUUUGAGAUGCACCAAGUACACGAAGAGAACUCGCAAUGGAUAGGUCACGUGUGCGGAGCCCAAGGCUUCAUUAGGGUAUUGGAGAGGGUACCUCACAACCCGGGCAGCGACGAGGCCGCUAUAUUGGGAUGGGCGCUUUAUUACGACGUGCUCUGUCGUUUUAGUCUACGGCACUGGUUCAGGAGCGAAGUCUUGCGCGCCGCUGUCGAUCUGGAAACCAGGUCAGAGGACACCGAACAAUGUGCGUUGCAGUACCUCUUGGCUCGUUCGUCGUCGGCCACUACGAUAUCCAACAUCACAGAUUACGCUCACCCCGUGCUUGCUCUGCUUUCCGAGGUCUGCUCCACAAGCCUGGACUCUAGCGAAGCGCGUUACCAUUCCCAGAAGUACCAGGACUACCUCGUCGACCUUCGCAAUAGACUCGUCGAGCUUCCAGCCUCACGUAGAGCCGACGCGACAGCUAAUCAGUCAUCAGCGCCGGCGGUCAUCGAGCUUUUCAAGCUCACGGCGCUCAUCUACCUGGAACGCGUCUCAAAGAACUUUUCUGGCCCGUCAGAGCAGAUUGAAGUGUGGGCCGUGCGCGGCUUCGAGCUUCUCCGUUCCUUGGACGCAUGCACGUGGCCAUUUCCGCUCUUCAUCCUGGCCGGCGAGGCGAGAACGGACGAGCGGAGAAGAGUCAUCCUCGACGUGAUGGCGAGGACGGCUCAGAAACCGCACCUGGCCCAUCUACACGUCACAAAGGUCUUGAUUGAGACAGCCUGGGUGCGCUGCGACCUCGACGUCGACGGCACUCUCAACUACAUUCAAAAGCUGAACAUGGUGAUGAGCUCCAGCGACAUUGUGCCGGCUUUCGUAUGAAGGCAUCGGCCGCGAUUUUUGACCCUGUCGUAUAGGGAACAUAACAAAUUCUAAAACUCGAUCUCUCAACCCUGCCGUG